AUGCCUAAAGUGUGUGAGAAAUGCAAUUGCUUUGGGCAUAGCUAUUGCAAGCCUGUUGAAGCACAACAGCAAGUGUGGCAAAAGAAAGAUCCAGUGAUUGGUGAAGUUCAACUGACUGCUCAGUCCAGUGAAGGGGAAGUACAGAGUGAAGUCAGGGAAGCUGAUAUUAUGAAGAAUGGUAAUGAACCUGAGGUUGUAUUGGUUGAUAAAGGAAAGGAAGUGUUGAUAGAAGAUCCAAUGAGUGUUAUUCCACCUAAGGGUACUGGGACUCCAUCUCCACAAGGGGCUCCAUCUCCACAAGGCUUUACUCUGGUUGUCAAUAAGAAGAAUAAGGUGUGGAUAGGAUCGAGUUCUAGUUCUCAAGGGCAGAAAAAUCAAUUAGGGAAGCUAGCUGCUGGUCUGGUAAAUGGGAGACUGGGUGCUCGAAUUGCUUCUCCCCUUCCUCCAUCUCCUCCAAAGGGUAGAGGGAGAGGGGAAAAGCGAGGUAAAGGAAGGUCCUAA